CUGCCUCCCGACAUCCAGUCCUCUCCAUUUAUUUAUCCAUUCUUCGCUGUAAGAUCCGUUGAGUCUCCCAGAUAUGUUGCUGUCAUCUUCGCUCCCGGCCCUCCGCCACCGGGGCGCCGCAAUGGCCUUUCGCACAUUCAGCACAUCCGCAGCGGCCCAUGCUGCCGAGGUUAGCAGGUUGGGGGUUAUCGGAGCAGGUCAGAUGGGAUUGGGUAUUGCGCUUGUUGCUGCGAACAGGGCUCAGGUACCCGUGACCCUGAUCGAUAACUCUCAAUCUUCUUUGGACAAGGGACUCAAGUUUGCCGACAAGCUCUUGGAAAAGGACAUCUCCAAAGAGCGUCUGACUCGGGAUGGCGCCGACGCUGUUCGCUCGCGCAUCACAUCCAGCCUGAAACUGGACGAUCUGUCGGCCGUCGAUUUCGUGAUCGAGGCGGUUCCUGAGCUUCCCGAACUUAAGACGUCCAUCUUCUCGAAGAUUGCGCAAAUUGCCCCCAAGCAUGCCGUUCUGGCAACGAACACUUCGUCGAUCUCGAUCACUAAAAUCGCCGCAGCCACGACGACUGAUCCCAGGGACCUUCAGGCUCCCUCUCGAGUUAUUUCCACCCAUUUUAUGAACCCCGUGCCUGUUCAGAAGGGGGUGGAAAUCAUCGCUGGCCUGCAAACUUCCCAGGAAACCAUCGAAAAUGCCAUUGCGUUUGUCCGGCGCAUGGGCAAGGUUGCUUCCGUCUCCGCCGAUUCGCCGGGGUUCCUCGCCAAUCGCAUUCUCAUGCCAUAUAUCAAUGAGGCAAUUCUUUGUCUCGAAACCGGGGUUGGUGGCCGCGAGGACAUCGAUAACAUCAUGAAGAACGGCACCAAUGUUCCCAUGGGACCUUUAACGCUGGCAGAUUUCAUUGGUCUUGACACGUGCCUGGCUAUCAUGAAUGUCUUGCACCAAGAAACUGGAGAUAGCAAGUACCGACCCUCGGGGCUGUUGAAGAGGAUGGUCGAUGCUGGUUGGACAGGCAAGAAAACCGGAAAGGGUUUCUACGACUAUUGAAGGCACGGUGGUUACUCGGCAAAAUGUAUCUUGGCGUCCUUUAUCACACAUACCUUAACAUGUAGCCGCUUACAUCUGUGUUUAUCUAGACGAAUGGUUUUAUUGUCAUGUAACACGAG